GUUCCCGGAGUGGGUCAUCCGAGGCAUGGACCGAGACGUGAGCGUCCUGCUGUUCAUAACGGCGCAUAACGCCCGAGGAAGCAGUCCGGUUAUAUCCGUGGAGGCCCAUACAUCAGUGGCUCAGCAAAGGGCGGCAACGGGGCAAGACGAAACCGACCCAAACAUGGUACCUCUGCUGGGAGCCCUAAUCGGUGGCCUGAGCGUCCUGCUGAUGCUCCUGGCAGCAGCAAUCUUCAUGGCUAAGAGAGAGACACCAAGGAACAGGAAGCCUGUCACAGAGGUGACCUUCACAGCACAGCCAGCCAGUCCAGAGGGAUUCGAUCCAGACGUGGUCCAGUUCAUACAGAGAGCUCCGCACAAUCUGGACGUGGUGCCCUGUCCCAAGGGCUUACGCCACCUCCACCAGCACCCACAGGAUGUGAACGACUCCGCUCGCCUGGACUUGGAAGCCUGCGGUGCCGCGAAGGGAUGUGCCAGAUGCAGUGGGACGAAGGUGACAAAGGGGCCGCAGGCUCACAGCAGAAGGGUCUCAAACUCUCCUUUGCCGGUCAAGUUCGACUGCCACUGCCGCAGACAAAAAGACCCUAGGCACAGGGAGAGUAGUUGUGGUGACCAGGUUAGCGGGAGUGAUACGUCAAACCUCAAACCAGGCACUUCCAAUCUCCAAAGAGAAUCCGAGGAGGAUAAGACAGGUGUUCACAAGAGCAAUCCAAACUUGUGCAAUGAAUCCCACUGUUGUUCAUUAUCCCAGCAAGCUUACGCCACAUCAUCAUGUACGCCCAACUUCCAGGAGACAUAUCAAGAAGCACAUCAGCUGCCACAUCAGUCUUAUCCCAAUGAGUAUUUUGUUCCCUCUGCUGGGAAAGUGCCACAGAUGACCACAGUGUUUUGCAAUCAGUGUCACUCUCUCCCUAGACCCAGCAGCCGGGAAGUGAAAUACUACCAUCAACAGUCUCUCAGAGACCUGAGGUCAUCGAUGAUGAGAGGGAGCACAGGACGACUCUCCUCUUCAGCAUCCUUGGGUCAGCUCAAAAAUCUCUCCAUGUCACAAAAGGAGCUUUUUUACUCCUCCACCAAGGACUUUCAAGUUCAAUUCGCUUCUAAGGAAAUCCAGGGAUCAGCGGCAACUCCAAAACAGGGUUACGGUCGACAGAACACCCUUCCCAGGCCGAGGCAGAAACAGGUUCUAGAUUCAGCUGUCGACAUAAACAUCGCCAUUCCAGAUGAAAGGGGAAGCAUCAUGAUUAUGAAGCUUCUGAGUGACGAAAAACAUCCAUCAGAGUUUCAGUUGGAGUCCAGUGUUCAUCCUCAAAAAUCUUUGCUAAGGAGGACGUUGUCUGAGGUACAGUGUCCAAAGACUUACAAGCACGGUAAAGUUUAUCUUCAGAGCAUUGGGCAAUGUGACCCAAAUGUGAAACAGAGUUGUGUCUCGUUGAAUGACAGUGGUGCAUGCCCAGGAAUGGAGGAAAAGUGUAAGCCACCCAAAGGUUGUCCUGUAGGAGGGGUACAUACAGAUCGCAUAGAAACUAAUCUGGAGCAUAUUCCGCUAAACAGUGAAUAUAGUGACAGUAAACAUUACGUUAAAGUAGCCAUAGAAAACAGAAAUUACCCCGUGUCGAAGGAGAAAACACCUCCACCUUAUGAGGUCAUAUGCCAAAAAGACCAUGAUAUGGUAUCCCAUAGACCACAGUUUCCAUACAAAAAGAUUCCUCAAGAAAGUUCUGUGUAGGAAAAAAUAAACUCUGUUUAUUUGUAACUUUUUUUCACAAGUGUAACAGAAAUUGGAAGGACACCAGGUUUUUGUGUCCUAAAACUGAUAGACAACCAAAUACAAUACAUGUGAUGAAUACACAUUUUCAUUUGAACUAAAUCUGACAGUGUACACAAUAUCCAGUGUAGCAUAUGUACUGGGAACCAAAGAAAGAUGCAUACCAUAGGUCUGUCAAAAAUUUCUUUUUGUAUGAUGGAGGUGCUAGCCAACCAAAGAUAAGGUACAUGUAUGAAAACUUAUUUCAACUUGUUACAGAAUUGUUGGUUAACUACACAACAUAAUUACGUCUGAUGCAAAAGCAAUUUCAUAACUGUCUGUCAACAAAUGACCAUAUACUGCUUACGAUAACCCACUUAAAUGUGCCAUACAUGAGUUGAUUAACCAAAGAUCUGACAUAUAUGAUAAAACCCAUUUCCCAGUGUCACAGAACUGUCACACAAACAAACAUGUGACUUGCUGAAACAAAACCCAAUUUCACCUGUCCUAAAACUGAUAGUCUAGCAAAGUUAAUAUACCUUUGGUGAAAACCUAUUUCAAAGAUUCAUGGAACUUCUUGUUACUCAGUGAGAAGGCAUUCCAAACGAGUAGUCAUAUUCAAGUGCCAUACAGACCUGAUGAGGACUCAUUUUCACAACUGUUUUAUCAAACAAAGAGUUUUCUCUUCAUAAGAAUGAGGGAUAAGAUAAACUUGACAGAAACUAUUCAUUGUAAGUUUUCCACAGGACCUUUGGUCAACCCAAAUGUAGGCUGACACAAGUGUCACAGGGCAAGUUCUUGAGCCAACAAAUAAAAAGGUAUUUCUGGAAGUAACGCAAAAUCAUGUGUCAAUAACCAAUGCCACAAAUGUGAUGGAAAUCCUUAGUCCUAUGUAUCAAAGAGUUUUUGGUAAAUGAAUGUUAUUUAAGAAAGACAUUUAUCCAAAGGUAUUGUUCCUUAAGCAAACUUAAAACACCUCAGGCAGGUUUUCUUAAAUUCCAUUAAGCUACUGAUGACAUGAGUAGUGAAAUCAGGUUCAUAGCAGUUAGUCGACUGUGCCAGGCUUCAACAAGUGGGGAGAAGGUAAAUACUGUCAGGGUGUCCAUAAAGUCUCUCUUUACAAUUUUAAAAAUAUAGUACAAAAGCAAGUGAACAGACAGAUAUGUGUAAAUGAUUACAACAUGAGGAGCAUAUACUGAAAUAUUUUGGCCUCAUUUAAUACAGCUCUAUACGGGCACCAUUAGUUGCACGAAACACAUCAACACGACACUCGAUUACCACGUUCGCUGUAGUGUAGCCUCAUCAAUGGUGGAAAUGGCAUCAGUGAUCUUUUGUUUGAGAACAAUGAUGUUCUGUAUCUUUGUUCGAGGGAUAUCUGGCGAACAAGGUGGCCAAGGAAUUGGGCAAUCCCUUCCAGUUCACCAGUCUGGAAAUGUUGGUUUAGGAACCCAUGGACUGCAGUCCCCAAUGUGGUGGUUCACCAUCUUGCUGGAAAAUGAUGGUUGGUUGAAGGCCAUCUAGUUGUGGUGCCACACAUUCACUCAAAAUGUCUGCAGUAAUCGAUGUCUUGCUCAAGAAAAUUGGACCAAUGCGCCUUUGGACUAUCUUAGUGAAUUCCCAGAUUCUCACAUUAUGUGCAUUCAGUUUCCCUGAAACAUUAGGGGCUGUCUCCUCACCAAAACAACUCGAUUGAGGAACAUUUCCUUAGAUUUACGUCCCAAAAUGUUAGCUGCAAACUCUUUUUGUCUUGGUUUAUCAUUUGGCUUGAGUGCCUGUAUGAGUAGCACUUUGUAAGCGUACAAUCGCAAGUUCUUCUGUAGGACUUUGUGCACUAUUGAACGUGGUAGCUGUAGUAAGUGUGCCCAGCAGAAGUGCAGAUAGGCGUUGUAGGAGAACGAUCAAAGGCUUGUCUUACAGGAUCGAUGUGUUUCCUCAGAUGUUCUUGGUUGUCUGUUCCUCCCUUUAUCUAACAUGCACGAACUGACUGACAUGAGGGUGGAUCUCUUCCAUACUCAGUUCCGUAGGUUCGUCGAGUCUGCGUUUCCAAUUUUGUUUCAGUUAACCAUGACACUUAUUGUGCCCUUUCUUGAAGAGACUAGCCAUUUUUAGUGGUUCAUUUUAACAGUACCUUUUUCAUCAACUACCUGAAAUACACAAAUGCAAUGAUUAAAAACAAAGAAUAAAUCUGAUGAAGAUAUCUCAUCGAUAGCUUUCGUAAUAUAUUUUCUUAAUCGUAUAGAGACUUUAUGGAUACCCUGUAUAUAUAUGUAUAUAUAUAUAUAUACACAUAAAAUCAGGCUAUCUGGAGUAGCUGAAACAGAGCAAUCUAAUCAAAUACUAAUCUCACCCCUUAUGCAACAAGGAGAUAUUCCCCCGGGUAGGAGGUUGAGAAUAUUGAAUGACCACUUGAUACAAAUGCAAAUGAACGGGAUGGGGGAAGAAGAAGAAGGUCAGACAGAAAAGGAAGAGGAUUGUUCAAAUGGAAGGGAAUGCGAAAACAGAAGUGGGAGUUCUCGAUCCCAUUACAUUGCUGAAGCUGAACUGUACAGCAUUAAUUACAGAUAAUGAAACUCAAGACCAAACAGAUAUGAGUGGGUUUAGUAUAAGAAGCCAAAACUUCACUUAAGCAUAAAUGUUUUUUAUGCUUUUUGAAAUCUUCAUCCUAUUGCCAUGUCUGAGCAGGACUUCAGGAACCAAUAUUAUUAUUAUUACUAUAAUUAUUAU